GGGAGCCCCGCGGGGCCCGAGCCCCUGCGGGUGGGUGCUGCGGAGCCGGCGCUGCCCGCACGCUGCGUGUCCCCCCCCCGGUGCCAUGUGGUCCGUGCUGUGGGCGGCCGUGCGCUCCAAGGCGCACUACAUCACCUUCCCUGUGGCCUUCGUGGUGGGGCUGGUGGGGCAGCAGCUGGAGCGGCUGCUCCGGGGGGAGCCGCCGGCCGCGGCCCACGACGAGCGGAGCAUCGCGGAGCAGCGGGAGGAGCGCAAGCUGCGGGAGAGCGCGGGGCAGGACCUGACCGCGGUGCUGAGCCUCAAGGACAAGAUGGAGUUCGCCCCCCGCGCCGUGCUCAACAGGAACCGGCCCGAGAAGAGCUGAGGCGGGGGGGCGGCCGCACCGGAGCUCCGGAGCCGGAGGGCUGUGUGCUGAGGCUGCACCGGAGCCGGAGGGCUGUGUGCUGAGGCCGCACCGGAGCCCCGGAGCCGGAGGGCUGUGUCCCACAGCACCGGGCUGGGGCUCCCCCGUCACCCGCACGGCCUCCACACGGCCCUGGCCUGCCCCGUGCACUGCGCCCCUUGCUGCUCUGACCCCCGCAGCCCUCCGGAGGGUCGGGGUUUGGCCUCCAGCACAGCUCCCAGGCCUCCUGUGGGGCAGGAGCCGUGCUCUGGAGGUGGAGCCUGCUGCAGCUCAUCCCCAGCCCCUGGAGCACAGAACUGGGCCUGGUUCCUCCCACAUCUCUCUAGGUUUGGGUUCUCCCAUUGUGUGAGGAGAGAAGAAACAAGGUCCUGAGGGGCACGGGGCUGGGGUCAGGCUUCGGGAGGACCUGCUGCCCUGCUUACAGCUCUGCCAUGGCUCUGUGCAGCCCCAACCACAGCACCGCACUACCGCAUCACACACCAGGAGCCUGAGCAGCAAUGGACACCUCCAGGGAACCCCUCUCUGCAUCAUCCCCAGGCUUCAGAGUGAGGAAGGAGGCACAGGGCAGGUGGAAGUCCUGGCCCUGCUGCUGUGGUGGAGCUUUGGGCUGGUGUGUAAAGAACAGGGACAUCUCUGCCCUGUAUGGAAACAGCCAGAAUAAACUUCUGUCUGUCCUUGG